AACCAAGUGGAGCAUGGAGAACAGCACUUUAUUGAAACUUAACAACGGGACUCAGGCAACGAUAUGGACUGACUACAGUAUAGAAUACAAGGUCGCUAGCAUCUUAUUAGUGAUUCUUAUUUGUGGAGUUGGAAUUGUUGGCAAUGUUAUGGUCAUUUUUGUGGUCUUAACGACCAAGCACAUGCGUACCCCAACUAACUGCUAUUUGGUGAGUCUGGCCGUUGCCGACCUCAUGGUCCUGACUGCAGCCGGGCUGCCCAACAUCACCGAGAGUCUGUUCGGCGGCCACUGGGUGUACGGAUAUGCCGGAUGCCUCUCCAUCACUUAUUUUCAGUACCUGGGCAUCAACGCAUCUUCCUGUUCUAUCACAGCCUUCACCAUUGAACGCUAUAUUGCCAUUUGCCACCCGAUAAAAGCGCAGUUUAUGUGCACCCUCUCCAGAGCCAAAAAGAUCAUUGUUGUCGUUUGGGUUUUAACGUCCCUCUAUUGCGUUAUGUGGUUUUAUCUUUCCGACACGGAAGAGAUCGUUUAUGAGAACGCUGUCCUUGUGACAUGCGCCUACAAAGUAUCUAGAAACCUGUAUUUGCCAAUAUAUUUCACAGAUUUUGCCGUGUUUUAUGUUAUCCCGCUUUUGCUGGCCACUGUUUUAUACGGAUUGAUAGCAAGGAUUCUUUUCCUCAACCCACUCCCGUCGGCUCCCAAAGGAAGUCGAAGAAAUUGGAAGAAGGAGUCGUCCUUGCAUGGGAACUCCAGAAGUUCCUCCAGCAACGCAACUGCUGCUUCUCGGAGACAGGUGACAAAGAUGCUGGCAGUGGUGGUGACCCUCUUCGCUAUUCUGUGGAUGCCCUAUCGGACGCUGGUGGUGGUCAACUCCUUCCUCAAAGACGCCUAUCUGGACACCUGGUUCCUUCUUUUCUGCCGUCUCUGCAUCUACAUGAACAGCGCCAUCAACCCAAUCAUCUACAAUGCCAUGUCUCAGAAGUUCCGCGCUGCCUUCCACAAAUUGUGGCAUUGUGGGCCCCAGCGCUCCGAGAAGCCCCCCACAUAUAGCGUGGCCCUCACAUACAGCGUCAUCAAGGAGAUCUCCAAUGGAGAAAGCCCAGACCACUAUACCACAGAGCUAGAUGACAUCCGCGGAGCUGCCGAAGAACUUCUGCCUGAGAGGAAGAGGUUGUCGUUUAAAGAGUCCUCACUAGCUUGUAAAAACACACUAGCUAGUGCUUAGAUCCUUGGUUGGUAUGUCUGAUUAGGUUGCUUAAUUUGCAGUUUCACAGUGCCUCUGAAUGGCCUAUUGGAUUGACUGCCACAUGGAAACAGCAUUUUGACAAUCAUAGACUUUCAUUUACAUAUUCAAAACAAAGCAGGUUUAUUCAUAGCCUAUCCAUAACCUAGACUUAUAUAGUAGCUGAAGACCAAAAUAGGUCUGGUCCACUCUGUGAAGGCGGAGUAAUGCUCCUGAAGCAAUCAUGGGUGAAGAUAAACAGACAAUUGGAUGACUGAUUGAA